AUGCUACCACCCAGUCCCCACUUUGCACGCUCGGGCAGGGCCGAGUGGCGCAUCGGCGGGCUCCUGAGCAGCGCCUACACCUGCCCCUCCCCUCUGAUCGAUGCCACAUGGUGCAUCUUCCCUUAUCUGGAGCCCCACCCACGCCCCUGGCUGGCGCUGCUGUGCGCCAGAGCGCAGCUCAGCCUAUACUCCCUGGACAGCGAAGAGCAUCGAGUGCCCCUCCCCCAUGGCUACACGACCGUAUUUCCCACACCCCUGGGCCUGCUGCUCCUCGGAGUGAGUUGA